GUGGACACAUAGCAUGUGGAGUCCGGUUGAGGAAUGUUCUGUAGGCAGUCGGGACUCACUGUCAGAGAGCAGCUGUUCCAAGCUGGACAAUGUCUCUGAAAAACAGGACAGGAAGAGCUGUAUCGGCCAGAGGGCUCAGACAACCCCUGUUUCCUCUCAAGAUUGUCUCAGACACAAGCUGUUGAAGGAGUCGACAGCAUCCACUGGAACUACUGAAGAGCAUGACUGUUCAAAGCAAAGGAAAGACUACAAAAUAGAGGAGCUCCUAAGCCAGGUGGAGGUCCUUUGGGAUGCUCUGCAGGAGAAAUAUGGAGAAAACAAUAAGACUGAACCAGCGGAAAAAGAACAAUCAAGAGAUAAAGCUGCACAGAUGGUGUCAGAUCUCACAGUUUCAAACCAUCUCUCAGAAAAUGUAGAGGAAUGCAGUUCAGGAAUGCUCGAAAAGUUCCUUGAACUGCUGGAUCACAGUGGUUGUCACAAAAUAAGUCAGGAUGUUCCUGGAUCUCUGUAUAGGCAAGAAAUGGCUGAGGGUGCAGAAAUGUCACUAAAUCUACUGAGCCAUCAAUCUGAACAAGAAAGACCCCAGAAGCAGGACCAGAUCACUAAUGUUCUACAAAGCUCGCUAUCUACUCUAACAGUGCGGAUAAACCAGCACCUCUGCUGCUGUGCUGAGCUCAGUAUGGACCUCCUGGACAUAGAAACAGAUAUGGCUGUGCUUUGUGACCCUGAGCUCAGUGGCCUGCAGGGACUACAGGAGCAGCAGGAUGACCUAGAGGUUCAUUAUAAUAUCAUUGAGGGAGAGGUGAGAGAGAUGGAGAGACUGGCCAGUCAGCUACAAGUUCAUCCCCCAGAGCAGAGAGACCUUCUCAGGGAAGAGGUUCAGGCGAUCCUGCAGGCUUGGGAGGAAGUAGGCCGCAACAUGGUUGAAAACAGAGGGCGCCUGGAGAAGUUCCACCAAAUUCAGGACUACUUUGAAAACUAUCUUGCCAUGAUUACGUGGACGGAGAACACCAGAUCCUGUAUCCUUGCUGGUAGCUCUGCUUGGAGAGAGAGUAAAGUUGCAGAGAUUGAGCACAGCAUUGAAACAAAGCUGGAUGAGUUUAGCAAACUAGCUGCAGCUGGUCAAAUGCUUAUGCAAGAUGAGAGUCAGUUUAAAGACAUUAUCAAGGAGAGAACAGAUGAGUUACAAAGCAUGCUGGGAUGGAUCCAGGUGAACUGGCAUGCUCAAAGAGAGCAGCUUAUAAGAAACCAGAAUGGGAGACCAGAGUCAACAAACGAUCUGGUUCAACAGCAGGAUCUUGUAUUACCCUGA